CACAUUGCAUAUUUCAACCCUUCCCGAUACAAUUUCCUCUUUUCAAAUUCUCUCUUUAAUUUAGACACUUACAACUUCAAACAAACAGUUAUUUUUCUUCCAUUUUCUCAUCCAAACAUAACAAUGGGCUGUAAUUUUUCAAAACUUGAUAGACUUCCAGCAGUGUCCUUGUGCCGCGACCGCUCUACAUUCAUAGAUGAAUCGCUCCAUCAAAGCUAUGCUCUUGCAGAUGCACACGUGGCACACAUGGAAUCCCUCCGAGCACUCGGCCCAUCACUCGUCAGUUUCUUCCAACAAUCCGGAAAUUACGGAGAAAUCAAUGCUUGCAUCUCAAAAACAUCAUCUCCAUUGAGUUCACUUUUUUCUUCUGAUUCAGACGAUGCACAAGUCCUUCUGCAUUCUGAAUCAGAAAUAGAUGAAGCACGAAGAGAAUCACAGUUAUGCACUCACAAUUUUAGACAUUCUUAUCAUCACCAUGACACUUCACAAUUCAUAGUUUCUGAUAACUACGUAAAACCUAUUUAUGAUUCCUAUUCUCCACAACCUCCGUCUAAUACCAGCACGACCUUUUCUAGUUUCAAGCCACCAUCACCGCCUCCUCCUAGUAACUCUGCUUGGGAUUUCUUAAACUUUUUUGAACCUUAUGAGAAGUAUCAAGUACCUUACUACCACGGUGGUGACGGUGACGGUUACGAUGACGCUAACUCAAUGGUUGAGAAAGAAAAGGGAAAUGUUAAAACUCAAAAAAGUGAGUGUUUUAAAUCUAAAGGUGGAGGAGAUAAAGUGAUUAUUAAGCCAGAAAAUAGAGUAGCGAAACCUAAGGAAACCAAUUUGAAAGAGAAGAAAGAUUCAGUGGAGUUAGAAGAAUGUAACGACUUUCAAAAAGACAUUUCUGAAGCGGUGAAAGAGAUUCAUAUUCUAUUUGAGAGAGCAUCAGAUUCGGGGAACACGUUUUUGGAGAUGCUAGACGUUGGAAAACUCCGUUACCAUUCAAAAACUGAACACAGUACAGUUUCGUGGAAGAUUAUGCAUGUGUUUAGUCAGCCAAAUCCAGUGGUGAAUAAAUGCAUGGAGUAUGAGGACAAGAGCCUUAGCGAUGCGAAUCUAUGCUCCACUUUGAGUAAGCUGUGUCUUUGGGAGAAGAAGCUGUAUCAUGAAGUGAAGGCUGAGGAAAAAAUGCGCACACUUCAUGAGAAGAAGUGUAAGCAGUUGAAAUGUAUGACUAACAAGAAUGCAGAUGCUCAAAAAAUUGGUUCUGUUGAAGCCUUCAUCGAUAUUUUAGUUAUGAAAAUGAAAAUUUCUUUCCAAACAGUUGACAAGAUAUCUAUUACGAUUAGUAAAUUGACAGAAGAAGAGCUAUGGCCGCAAAUCAACAAGUUUAUUCUCAUGUUUCUCAGAAUGUGGAAAGAUAUGCAAGAAUGUUACAAACUUCAGUAUCAGAAAAUUGUUGAAACCAAAGCUUUAGAUGUCUCCACAUUCAACGUAAAACCUUGCAAUGCUAAUAUUGAAGCAGCACUGAAUCUCAAAUCUGAGUUACAGAAAUGGAUUUUAAGCUUCUUAGAUUGGAUUCAAGCUCAGAAAUCUCUUGUGAGAGCUCUGAAUGAUUGGUUAGUAAGAUGUUUAAUGUAUGAACCUGAAGAAAUACUUGAUGGUUCAACUCCUUUUGAUGCACCACAUGUGUUUGUGAUAUGUAACAAGUGGUCGAAGGCAAUGGAUAAUAUCUCGGAAAAGAAUGUUAUUGAAGCUGUAAAUGGAAUCAUACUCAGAGUCAAUGAACCCUUGGAAAAAUACAUUUUGGAGCAUCAGAAGAAUUCAACAUUGGACAAGGAAUUAGAGAGAAAGGUGAAUAUUGUGGAGAGACAACAGCACAAGAUGCAGAGAAAAGUGAAAAUUGUGGAGAAGCAAGAGCAAAAGAAAAAGAUGGUUACAAUUGGAAAAGCACUUAAAGAAGAGGCCAAUGCUAUUUUGCAAGGAGAUGCUGUGAAUAAUAAUGCUGAUAUAGUUGAUUCUACCGGUUUACAAUCAGGUUUGAAGCAGAUCUUUGUUGCCAUGGAGAAGUUCAGUGCAUUAAAUGUUAGCUUAUAUGAAGAACUUUGCAGACAAAUUAAGCAAGAUGAUCAUGUUUUAGAAGAAUCCAACAUAAAUCACUAGUUUUGCAGAUAUCUCAAUAUUAUUAAUUUUUUUUGGAAAUAAAGUACUAUAAUGUAAAGUCAUUUAAGUCAAUUUUAUAUUGUUAUGGUUAUGAUAAGUUGAAGAAAA